AUGUCUGGCUACCACCGAUCCGACGACGCUCAAGCGUAUCGUCGCAAUGCAUCUUUCGUCUACUCUUCCGAGUACACUGCGCCCGUGUUGCGGCUGCUGGAUGCAAGGCCAGGCGAGAGAAUUCUUGAUCUGGGUUGCGGCAGCGGCGAACUGACGCUGCAACUCGCACAACUGGUCGGCCCCUCCGGCACCAUCGUCGGAGUCGAUGCGAGCGGCGAUAUGAUCGACAAAGCCACUGCCCUUCACCAGCAGUCGGGAUCCUCCGAUGACCUGGCGCCAGUCACGUUUCGCGUACAUGACGCACACGACCCCUUUCAGGAAGAAGGGCAGUUCGACAAAGUAUUCAGCAACGCCGCGCUGCACUGGAUGAAGCGAUCGCCUCGCCAAGUGCUGCUCAACGUCCAUUCCUCACUCAAGCCAGGCGGACGCUUCGCAGCAGAGCUCGGCGGAUUCAUGAACUGCAUCGGUGUCCGCUCCCAUCUCCACUCGGCACUCCGCAAACGCAACCUCGACCCAGCACUCCUCGAUCCGUGGAUCUUCCCCUCCCCCGAACAGUACACCUUUUGGCUACAAGACGCCGGAUUCACUGUAGACAGCUGCGAGCUCGUCCCGCGCCUGACUCCGCUUCCGAAAGAAAGUGGGCUCAAGGGCUGGCUCAGCACAUUCGCGGGUCCGUUUCUGAACGCGAUCGACAGCGAGAGGGUGAGGGAAGAGGUGGUGGACGAGGUGGAGGAGGCGCUGAGGCCGGAUGCGUUUGAUGAGCAGAGUGGCACGUGGUAUGUGAUGUAUGUUCGUCUGAGGGUGCGUGCUCAUAAGGCAUGA